GCCAAGUCCUAACCAGCUCGGGGCCUGCAGCGCUGGCACCUAGUUUUGCCAACAGGCACCUACCGUUUCAUUCUUUGUUACGAACUUCCCUCCACAGCAAUGUAAGAACGUAAUGAUACGGGUUCGGCGCAGCUGAGCGCACGUUGAUUGUUCAGUUUAUUCCCGUGAGGCCCGCGGCAGCCAUCGGACAGAAUGUCGUCGCUUCUUUUGGGAUUGCUUAGGAGCCCAGCGUCAUCUCGGCGGCGAGCUAAAGAGAAAGCGCCGGCCGCGGAGAAUGAGCUUGUCGAGAAGCAUACUGAAGGCGUGGAGCUCAAACCGCUUUCGCUAACGCCAAGAACGGCAUAUGCGGAUGAGCCAACAUCGCCGAAAGAGCUAGGUUUGGGACCGCUGCCUCAGGUCAAGUCAGCGCUGGAGGUGGCGGAGCCCCUGGAGGUGGCGGCUGUGUCAGCCAGGAGCCCCCCGCCUGUCGCUGAGCCGCUCCCCGUGCAGCCGCAGCCACCUGCUUCCCACUGGCCAGAAUCUGCGGAGAGCCGGUUUGUUCUGCGCUAUCUAUCAGCGUCACACGACGCCAGCGUGGACAUAUCGCCGCUGAUUCGCACAGGCUUUCUACUCUGCAAGCUGUUGAGCGCCGCAAUCCCGGGCAGCCUGGAUGAGCGCGCCAUCAACACCGGCAGCGGCAGCGCGGCGACCAGCCCGCGCAGCGGCGUCGGAGCCGCCGGCGGCGGAGGGGGCAGAGCCGCCGGCGCAGCCGCCGAAGUCGUCAUCGGCGUCAGUGGUGGAGCCGGCGGAGCUGACGGCGCCGCACAGCCUGGCGCGGCCUGGGCUGGCGAGGUGGCUGCCGCCUGCCGGCCAGGGGCGCUGGGUCGCCUGACGGCGGAGGAGGCGGAGGAGAACUGCCAGCUGUGUCGCAGCUGCGCCACGGCCCAGGGAUGUGACGUGGCGGGCAUUGCGCCGGAGGCGCUUCAGGCCGGAGAGGCGGGCGCGGUGACGGAGUUCGUGCUCGAGGUGCUGCGGCAGUCGGCGGUGCAGGCCUUGCCGCCGGGGCAGCGUCAAUGGCUAGUGCCGCCGCCGCAGCCCGCCCCGACGGCGCUGGUGACGGCGGGACCCAGGGCUAGGGCACGGGCCGGCGGUGCUGCUGCAGGGGCAGGGGCACAUGCGGCGGUGUCUGGGACGUCAUCGGCUCUAGCAGAGGCGCCACUGGCGGCAACGACAGCGCCUGGGCCGGGACCUGCGCAAGCGGCGCCGCACGCUGCGCCGUGUGGGACCACGGCGGCGCGCCGCGCGGUGUCAGGACUGGAGCACUGGGCGGCGUUUCGGCUAGCAGGCGCGCCGGGCGGGUCAGCUGAUGGGGCGCAAGAGCAGGUGCAGGAGCCUGAUGUAGGCGCCGGCGCUGCUGUCGAUGGCGCCGCCCUCUUAGCAACCCCGGCUGCUUGGUCUCGGUUGGCGGGCUGCGUCUGGUCAGCGCAAGAGGCCAUGCAGGCGCCAGUGCCGGGGCCGGGGCAGGGGCAAGGGUCGGGGCUGGCAGCGGCGGAGCAGCCAGGUGCGGCAGCUGGGAAGGCUUCGGAGUUGGGCGAUGGCGGCUGCGCCGAAAACGAGUGGGAGGCAGCGGCAACGGCACUCGACAGGGCGCUGCGUGCGGCGCUGCCGGCACCGCCCUGCGGCGCCUGCGCACCAGCGCUGCCGCCUUUGCGGCCGGAGUACCUCCGCUCGGCCCACGCCGGCCUGCGUUCAGCGCUGCUUGCACACGUGCUGCUCGCGUCCACCUCCGCUGCGGCAUCGGCGGCGGCCUCGACUGCGGUGGCCUCGGCAACCGAGGGACAGGCGCGCUGUGGUGUGGAGGGGCAGGAUGCAGAGGGGGCGACCGGGCGUCAUAGCGAGCAGGCUCCUGUGCAGCAGGAGGCGGGGGGCGAUCUCGUGAGUGGUCCCCUCUCCUGUCCUCUCUCGUUGGGCGAAGGUGGCUUCGACGGCGCCGCCAGUGCUGACUCCGGCGCGGUCUCGCCGUCGGCUGCAGCAGUGUCCGCUUCUGCCACGGCGACGGCAGCCGCUGUCAUGCAGCCGCCGCCGGCUUCGCCGGCCCCGCCGCUGCCCGCGGAUGCGCGGCAGCGCCAAACCUCUGGCGGCGGCGGCGCCGCCGCCGGGGUUUGGGGCGGCCAUCCGCACCUGCGCGGUGUCCGUAGCUUGGGCCCCCACGUGUUGGGCCCCCACGUGUUGGGCCCCCCUGCCGACAUGUUGUCGGAGCAUAACAAGCUGGUGGCGUGGGAGCACCAGCAGCGGCAGCUGCGGCGGCAGCAGCGCAGCAUGGGCAGCGGCGGCGCGGGGGACGGCGGCCCUGUUGGGGAGGGUGCUGCAGGGGAUGGAUUUGGUGGCGGCGGCGGCGGCGGCGGCGGCGGCGUGGCGAAGGCCGGCUCUCGCUCGGUGUCGAGGUCGGAGCUGUGGGGCGGCGAGGCGGAGGACCUUGAAGGGGACAGCCAGGAGGAGCGGGUGCUGCGGCUGUGGCUCAACAGCCUGGACCCGGGCCGCCUGCACGUGGGCAGCCUGUUCGAUCGCGAGGUGGCCACUGGCUGGCCGCUGCUGCUGGCGCUGGAUGCCAUCCAGCCCGGCUGCGUGACCUGGGCAGACACCUUCCGCCCGCCCUUCAAGGAGAAGCUGCACAAGAUCCUGUCGGUCCAGAACUGCAACCAGGUGGUGGCGCUGUGCGGCGGCCGCCUGGGCCUGCCGCACCUGGUCAACAUCGGCGGACUGGACCUGGCGCUGGGCCAGCGCCGCGCCACCCUGUCGCUGGUGUUCCAGAUGAUGCACCACCACACCGGCAUGGUGCUGGGACUGCUGGCGCCGUCACCCACACCCACCACCACAUCGGCCAGCCCGACACCCCGCUCGCCCUCUGCAGCGGGCGCUUCCUCGCCCGCGUCCGCGCUUCCUCAGCCGGCACACGCGCCCAGUGGCCAGCCGCGGGGAGCCUGGGGAGUGGGCAGCAGCAGCGGAGGGGGAAGCAGCGCUGCAUCCCCACGCCACACGCACCUGCAGCACCCGCAGCAGCAGCAGCAGCUACAGCACCAACUGCAACACCACUUCCAACAGGGGCAGCAGGGGCAACAGGGGCAGUGGCACGGGCAUCCGCGGCAACACGUGGAGGUAGAGAAGGCGGUCAUAGCCUGGGCAAACGCCAAGCUCACAGCGGCGGCGGAGGCGGCGGAGGCGGCAGGAGCAGCCAACGGCAGCAGUGCUGCGGAGGGCAAGGUGGAAGAUGAGGCUAGUAACGCUGUGGCGCCGGCUGCGGUCGCAGUGGCGCCGACGAUGCCGUUCACGCCCUUGUCCGGCUUCAGCGACCCACGCCUUGCUGAGGGCCAGGUGCUGCUGCAGCUGCUGGCGGCCAUUAGCCCGCGCGCCGUGUCCGCCAAGUACGUACUGCCGGGCCACGACGCCGGAGAGCGGGAGAGCAACGCCAAGUAUCUACUGAGCUGCGCCCGCAAGAUCGGCUGCGUUAUCUUCCUAGGCUGGGAGGACGUGUUGUCUGCGCGGCCGCGGCUGCUGCUUCUGCUACUUGCGUCCUUCAUGGCGCAUGACCGAAAGCGUGAGGCGGCGGCAGGCUUCAUCCAAUGAGAUAGGCUGGGCGGUUCGAUGCAUCACAUAGAUUGCAAACACCGCAUAGAUUACGCACGAGGUUACCGUACGCACGAUACUAACGGUGUACAAAGUUGAGGCGGGACUGUGUCGAUGAUACUGGCGUACGGGGCUGUCGAUGGGUCCGGGACACAACCUUCACCUUGGGGCUUGGAGCUGCACCGCGCAUCCCUGAUGCGGAGUGGCGAGGCGUGUCGUGUCGUGUGCACGGGCUGGCAGGCCAGGUUCUCAUUUGUUUUAUGGGUGACUCUUGCUUCACAAGCAGGACAGGGCGAUGAGCAGGGCAUGGUAUUAGGCACAAGGAAUUGCGCGGAGUUAAGGCUUGAUGAUUUGACUGCGGAUAGCAACCAAUGAAAUGCGCUCGCCUCAGCAUGGCCGCAGGGGUUGCGCUGGAUGGACGGGCCCUAUGAUAGGGUUGCACGCCUGAAGUAUGUUUGCAUUGUCGAUUCUAACCACAUAAUAUGCUGCAUGAGUCAUUGAAGUUAGCGAGCAGAGAAGGGCAGCCCCGAAAGAAUGUGAAGGACCACAGGAAAAGUGGGGGCCGCGAGCGAGUCACGGAGGGGCUGCGAGUUCGUGCCGGAUGGCGGGUUUGCACGGCUGGAGUUCAGUGAUUGCCUUCGCGCUCGCUUUGCGCAGACGCAUACAAAUUAAGUUACAAGUACGA